AUGUCUUCAAUUCCGCAGACUGGCUCCGGCGCUGGCAGUCAACCGUACGGAGGGGAAGGAAGUGCCAUCGACCCAAGCAACCCUGUCGUCAACUUGGCCACGAUUGUCACAAACGGUGCUCAGAAGCAGGUCGUGUGCUAUCUGCAAGCAGGCGAAAAUGGCACCAACGACCGGAUAGGCGUCCGCAUCUCCGCCGUCUUCGUCGUCAUGAUCUUGUCCUUUGCUACCACGCUCUUCCCCGUCCUGGCCACGCGAGUCAAGAGCUUAAGGAUUCCAAUCUACGUCUACUUGUUUGCUCGAUACUUUGGUGCCGGGGUCAUCAUCGCAACCGCCUUCAUCCAGUGAGUCUCCUCAAGACGCCCCUCGCCGUUCGGGAGUUCAGCUGACACUUCAUAGCCUGCUAGAACCUGCCUACGAGGAGAUCGGACCCAAUACAUGUGUGGGAAUGACAGCCGGCUGGAACCAGUAUACCUGGGUACCAGCACUGGCACUCGCGUCGUCCAUGAGCGUCUUCUUGAUGGACUUUUACGCCGAGCGCUACGUCCAGAAGAAGUACGGCACGUCGCACGGCACACAAAGCGCGCCCGGUGGAGCCGUCGAUGCGGCCCUGCUUCGCUACGAUAUCGGCAACGACCGCAGAAUAUCGACACACCAAGCGCUUCACUCUGCCGACCAGGACCCGCAGCUUCGCGCACAGCUGCAAGAAGCCUCAGCAGGGCACAAUGGAAAGGCAAUGGAAGACGGCAAGGGAGAGAUGUACAGUCUCUCUGAGUCGGAGCAGGAAUCCCUCGCGGAGAAGUCAUUCCAGCAACAGAUCGGUGCCUUCUUGAUCCUGGAAUUUGGUGUCCUGUUCCACAGUGUCAUCAUCGGGUUGACCCUGGGAAGCGCAGGAGACGAGUUCAACGUCCUCUAUCCCGUCAUCGUCUUCCACCAAGCCUUUGAGGGCCUCGGUAUUGGCGCUCGUCUGUCUGCGAUCGCUUUCCCGAAGCGCCUCCGUUGGAUGCCGUACGCUCUCUGUGCAGGUUACGGACUCACGACACCCAUCUCCAUCGCCAUCGGUAUCGGUGUCGGCGAGACUUACAACGCCGGAAGCUUCACUGCCAACAUCGUUUCCGGUGUCCUCGAUUCCAUAUCCGCUGGGAUCUUGCUGUACACUGGCUUCGUCGAACUCCUGGCGCGAGACUUCCUCUUCAACCCAGACCGAACGGACGACGAUAAGCAGUUGGCUUUCAUGCUCGGGAGCGUUUUCCUUGGUGCGGGAGUGAUGGCUCUGCUUGGGAAAUGGGCUUAG